GUGAUGACGACUGCGACUGCGACUGAGCUGGCGGCUACGCGGUGACGGUGGUGCGUGCCGGCGACAGUGUAAUAAUUUUUUCGGGUUGUUUUCGUUUGCGCGGCGGUGCACAGUCAGUCCGCGCGCGCGCGGGUUUGUUGUCGUUGCGUAUUGUUUUCAUUGCAAACAUUUCCGCGGAAAGGCCGUCGCGUCUCGCGUGUUUCUCUAGUACGGACGACCCGCGAACGGGUAAACAUAUAUAUAUCCACUCACGUACACCUAUCGACCGAUAUUUAUAUAUAUAUAAUCGUAAUUGGACUCGGAAUAAUAACAACAAUAAUAAUAAAAAAAAAACACUUUUGUCGUUCGAAAUAUAAAUAAAUUUUUUUAUAGAAAAAAUUGUCCGCAGAUAUACAACGCGUCGCAGCCGUAGCGAGUGCUACUAUUGUGUCACGUAAUAAUAUAUAAACAUCAUGCACACGUUGUUUGGCGACCAAAACGCGUACUACCGGACGGGCAUGUACCCGGGCACGUCCAACCCGGCCGCGUAUCCGGGUGCGUACGAGCAGUACGCCCGGUAUGGAUACAAUCCGGCGGCCGGUUACCAGGCGUCACACCACCAUCACCAUCAUCACGUGGUGUCGGCAGCCGCGGCCGCGGCCAAGGACAUGGUCAAACCACCGUACUCGUACAUUGCCCUGAUAGCAAUGGCUAUACAGAACGCGUCGGAUAAACGGUGCACGCUCAACGGUAUCUACCAGUUCAUCAUGGAGCGGUUCCCGUACUACCGGGAGAACAAGCAGGGCUGGCAGAACUCGAUCCGACACAACUUGAGCCUGAACGAGUGUUUCGUCAAGCAGCCGCGCGACGACAAGAAGCCGGGCAAAGGCAGCUAUUGGACGCUGGACCCGGACUCGUACAACAUGUUCGACAACGGGUCGUACCUGCGUCGCCGGAGACGGUUUAAGAAGAAGGACGCGCUCAAGGAGAAGGAAGAGGCCAUCAAGCGGCAGCAGGAGCUCAUGCUGAAGAAGGUUACCGAGGAACAGUGCAAGCUGCUAUUGCACGGUGGAGGUGGUGGCGUCAAGGAACUGAUGCAAGUCGACUGCAACAAACAGCCGAAAAAAGAGCCGGGUGUACCGCCGGCUUCCACGCCACACCAGUCAGCCGGCGGCGACCCGGCCGCGCCACCGACGUCCGGUGGCUCUACUUCGUCAUCGGCACCGCCGCCGCCGCCUCCCGCAUACCAUCAGCACCACCAUCACCUGCAGUACGACAACGAUCACCAGGACGAUUCGCCGUCGGCCGCCACGGGCAACCACCUGCACCAUCACCAUCACAGGUACAUGACCACUCCGGCCGCGGCGGCCGCCGCUGCUGCAGCCGCGGCCGCUACCGGCGACCACACCACAACAUGGAGACGAGUUCGCCUCGCACCAUCACCAGUACGUGGCCGCAGCGGCGGCUGCUGCAGCGGGCCAUCACCGGGCACCCGGGCUGGUACAGCGCAGACCCGUCCGACUUUUUCGACGCCGUUGUGCCCAACCCCGGUGGCCGCGGCCACAGCAGCCAGUUGUGGAUUCCGCAACUCGCAGCAUUCUACCCCUAGCACCCACACACAGCUACACAAUUAUUAUCAACUGCAGCAGCAGCAGCAGCAGCAGCAGCAGCAACAACAGCAGCAACAGCAACAACAGCCGCACGACGGCAAUUCAUCCGUCAAGUUUUCGUCACAACUAUAACGACGACGACGACGACGGGGAAGGACGAGGAGCUGCUGCUAUUGCUGUCAGACGAACAAAUUGUACUCGUCCGCGUGAGAAGCCAGAAAGACGGGUCGCGCGCCGCGACCGAGACGAUUGUGCCGCAGGAAGACGACAGUGGAAGAGAGAGAGAGGGGAAAAAAAUUCACCAAAUCGAGACACGAACCACAUGCUGCCGGCUGUCACUCCUCGGAAAACGCGUCCGCCGACUAGGCUUAUCAGGUGACGGACCGACGGACGGAUGGACGUGCGUGUAUCUAUCGCGGGCGCUCACAGUCCGCCGCCCAUAUUUGUGUAUAGGUGUGUGUGUGUGUGUGUGUGUGUGUGUGUGUAGGUGGGUGUGUGUUGUGUGUGUGUGUGUGUGUGUGUGUGUG